GUCGUUGUCAUCUUUAUCCAAUCAUAGGCUCUCCGUGCAGUUCACUCCAUGCUGUUAAUUCUGGCAUUUGGAGACUAGAUCAGAAGCAACUUAGUUUUAAUUUUAAAGUACAGCUACCUUAUGAUAAAGUAAGUAUAUUAGCAUAGUGUAGCUUUGUAAAGAUUCCACUUCGGGAGGGAACGGUAGUGUAUAAAACAGUACAUGUAUUUGCUAGAAACAUGCUAGAAACGCGUGAUCCAUUUGAAAACUAGGCCAUCUAUGUGUAGAAGUACGGCAAAAAAUAAUUAUCGAAAAAUUUGUGGCGAUAACGCGAUCUAUACUAAUAUACGGGCGUAUAUUAAUGCAGAUCGCGUUAUCGCGUGGGCAGUUAAGGUCCAUACACUCCGGACGCGAUUCGACAACUUUUCAUUUUAAAUUUUCCAAAUAUUUAGAAGCGUUAGAACAUUUUGAGUUAUUUGGUCUAUAUAUAUAUAUAUAUAUAUAUUUAAAAAUUUUCUCUCAUUCGCUGUUUUAUUAACUUUCAAAAACUAAAAAAUCGCGUCGCGUUGUCGAAUCGCGUCCGGUGUGUCUGGACCUUUAGACUGUUAACACGAGACAGGACGAAGCCGGGCGCAGCUACGUCCGUAUCGUAUGUCCACGCAGGAAUGCGUAGGUUAGCUGAGCUCGAAUUUUCCAGGAUUCAUGCAUCCCAUGUGAACACGAAACUCGAACACGCUACACGCGCAAUGGGUUUUGAGUUAAUCCAGUCCCAUGCGAACAGAUACUUAUCGUGUGUUUACAUUUACGCAAAGAUUCCUUAAGGUGGCUCCCUAGGGUUUUUGAUGAAAAAAAUGAUGUUGCACAUUUCGUGAUAUCACCUCAACAAGUAUAAAGUUUAAAAGAAGAGGGAAAAUUUAGGUUUAAUUUUUGGCAUUAUUUGUACAAUUGUACAGUUAUCGCAUCUGACGUGCAUACAAUAGUCGAAACUCUCGUUUUGUAGCGUGCGAUCCAACAUGUAUUUCAUAAACAAGACAUGAUUUUAAACAUUUUUUUAAAAUAUAAAUUACGUGUAUGUGAUUUACUGUUUUACUGUGUCGGUUAACGGUCAACUAAACGUGGAUUAUGCAUGUAAAAUUGGCAAAGAUAUUUAGAUAAUUACUGGUUGGUAUUAAUUUGAAAAUGUUCGACGAGUCUUGUGAAAAUUCGUCCCGGGCGAGUUAGUACUGUCGUCCGAUGUUUUCCCACAACGCCCGUUCAAAUUUCAGUUCUGGUAUGUUUGUGGGGUUUCGAUCCUGCUCAUUUCGCUCGGAGGGCUCAUUAUUUAAGUCACCUUUACAGUCAGAAGUGCUGCUAUAUUGCGCAGAAAACACUGCAAAUACAUAUCCCAAUAUUCACGAUGGACCCUCGCGUAUGGCGGUCUUUUAGUCAAGAAUACCGCGUGCUAUUUUUUUCUGAAACAUCACGUCCAAGCAUCGUUGUGAAUUUUUUUAUACUUUUAACUGAAGCAACAUUCACGCAUAUGCUUGAAAAAGAGUUACAUAUGUACGAAGAACUUAACCCCCGGGGAUAAAAACCUAGGGAGCCACAUUAAAUUAAGUCGGAUGGUGCGUUAUGAAUAAUGAACCAUCUUUAGUAUAAAAUGGACCAUUUACUGUACAGCUGUUUCGAAAAAGGUUGUUCUUCAAAAAUCUCAAACUCUAAGCGUGCAAGGUGUGAUGGAUAACUUCUUACUUAAGGCCUAAAAAGUGCGAAUUUUGCAUUGUAACUUUCGCAAGACAGAUAAUAAGCACUUAAGAUGUACAACUAGCAGUGUACUAGGAUUAUUUGCCCAAUCAAAAGCCAUAAAAAGAAGUUACCCAUAACUCUUUACCUGCUUAGAGAUUAAGGUUUGAGAUUUUCGAAGGACAACCUUUUUUGAAUUAGCUGUAUAUAUAACGCUAAACUUACGACUAUAGACUUCAAUCUACUUUUAUUCAGGAUAUUUCAGGAAGACAAUAUGAACUUCUUCGUAAUAUUGUGAAGCAACCACACUCCAGAGAAACAGUCAGUACUAUACUCAGUUUAAAUAAAGCGGUAAGAUCAUGAUGACUUACAAAUAUAGAGUCGAGCCUGUCAGGGUUUCAUUAAAAUUUCGACAGCUGCAUAGUCAUGUUUCGCUCGCUACUCUGGUUUAAAUAAAUGCUUACAAAGCCCAGUCGAAUUUUAAUCAAGACCCAACGUUUCAACACUCCCGUCUAGUGUCUUCAUCAGGGGUGAUCUAAAGUUGCAAUCGUGGCUUCUUAAAUACCCAAGGGAUGACGUCACCUGCCAAUGAGAUGCAUGUAUUUCUCUGGCAAAUGGGCAUGAUUACUCAUAUUUAUAUGCCACGCUUCUAGGCAUAGUCUUUGACUAUAGCGAUUGUUUGUGGUAAUUACUUUAGAGUUUUGACUACGCAAUCUCGUGUUUGGUGUAACAUACAUGUUCAGCUAAAGCUGAUUUUCCCUUGUCUAAAGUUGAAACAGCCUUUUGAUGUUAUUUUAGCCGUGUACCAAACUGGCGCUUAGACUGACCCAAAUACUCUUUCUCGCAGUCACCGCAUGGUAUAGAAUAUACAGCAUGAGUUUGCUGAUUUGUUUUAACAGGAUCUUUUGGCUUUGCGAAAAUACGGCCUUUUCCACCAAACACCAAACCAUAGAAGUAAUAGAUAUAGAAUGCGUACUUGAGCACGAAUCAUGUAUCCACUUUUUCUCAUGCGUGCCCUUAUAAAUCCGCCAUGUUGAAUUUGGCUAGGAGUGCAAACUACAAAGUAUAAACAAAGUUAAAACCUACGUUUUCAUCGUCAAAACGUUUGUCUUGUUGUCUAAUUUGUAGUUUGGGGAUAGAUUUUGAGUCACAAACUAUCAAAGCAAAUGUGCGGUUACAAAAACGGUGAAAAUCCUGCAGCCUUGUAAAAACAAAGUAGUUUCGCGUAAAUAUAAUUUACUCAUAAAACAUUUUUGCAUGCCCUGAACGUCACUACUGUCACUGUUUUGCUAAUAUCUUAUAAGAUUACAAAAUGAUAGUUCUUUCUUCGUCGAGUUUCGUUUUUCUUCAAUGUAAACGAAGUUUUUUUAUGUUUGUGAAACAAAAAUUUUUAGUUGUCGAUAAACUGUAAAUUGCCUAAAUAAUCAUCGAAAACUAUGGCUUCAAAAGCGUUGCCUCGAGCUCAAGCAACGUAGAAAAAUAUGAAAAGUAAUUGUGUAAGUUUAAAAAGAUUAUUGAACUCCAUUUAUAUUAUAAAAGAGUUGAAAUAUUUGUAGAACAUACCUAUUGAGUUUCAGUUGAAAAAACAAUUAAUUCGCACUCCCUGCAACCGCGCGAAAUUCCUUGCCUCAGGAGUCUGGGACCAACCAAAAUGCCCUUAUAAAUCCGCCAUUUUGUGGAGACAAUUUUUUACUGAGAAAAGAUAGGAGUACGCAUUCUAUGUCUAUUAUUUCUAUGCACCAAACACGAGAUUGCGUGGGAAAACUCUAAAAGAAUUACCACAAACAAUCGCUAUGGUCAAAGACUUUGCCUAGAAGCGUGGCUUAUAAAUAUGAGUAAUCAUGCUUUGAAUAGGGAUGACUGUGCCCAUUUGCCAGACGAAUACAUGCAUCUCAUUGACAGGUGACGUCAUCGCUUGGGUAUUUAAGAAGCCACGAUUACAACUUUAGAUCAUCCCUGAUGAAGACACUAGACUGGAGUGUCGAAACGUUGGGUCUUGAUUACAAUUCGACUAGGCUAUGUAAUCAUUUAUUUAAACCAGAGUAGCGAGCGAAACAUGAGAGAUGUACCUGGUUGCAGUGAACGAACAAACUUUAAAGCUGCAUUGUGUCUGAAAUUAUUAUAGGUAACUCAAUAGUGCGCUGGCCCACCCUCCACAGGGCCCAACCACUAACCUUUUUGGUCAUCUUUCUUAGGUGCGCGAAAGAUGUCCUGUGUUAGAUGAAGUUAUUAUAGACCUGGUUAUGGAAGCGCUUGAGAAAUGUGAGCUGGAAACUAGUCUUGAAAACAUUAGAUUUCUAUGGCAACGACUUUGCGGGAUCGGCAUAUCAUAUGUUAUGUUUAAUCUAUUGAACUUUUCUGCUAUAAUCUCAGCCUUGAGCGAGAAGGUACGGGUAGAAGUGUGUUAAUACAUUAAUGUAAGUGCACUAAAUUGACCUGUGUUUGCACUAUAUGAUAUUUAUUACAGCAUAACUACAACCCAAAGGGUUCGUGCACAAUGUAUGAUUAA